AUGUCCUCGAAGCCGGCGAACCCGCUACCGCCGGUCCCGCCCUUGCCCAGGACGCUCAUCCUCGACUAUCGGGAUUCGUACACCAACAACCUCCUCUCCCUCUUCGUCUCCCUCUAUCCGGACGACGAGGUCAGGAGGAAAGUGGUCGUUGUGCAGGCAGAUGAGAUUAAGUGGGAUGACUUACAAACGAUGUUAAGCGACCUAGACUGUAUCCUCCUCUCCCCCGGUCCAGGCCGUCCGGAUAUCCCAGCCGACAUCGGAUUCGCCCUCGACCUCAUCCGGACGACGACCAUCCCGCUCUUAGGGAUCUGUUUGGGUAUGCAAGCUCUUGCUGUAGCUUAUGGUGGACAGAUCAUCAACACCCCUGAUUUGAAGCACGGGCACGUCAUACCCAUCUCUUUCAACCUCAACUCCAGCUCUGGUUCUGGUUCUCGGUCGAUCUUUGACCUUUUCCCUGAAACCUCUGGUUCAUCCGUGGUCCGCCAGUGGGGGUCAGGGAAGAUGGUUGAUAAGGAUGUGGGGAAUGGGAAAGCGCCGUUCGGCAAUGACGUCCAGAAGGAGGUGCAGGAGGAGGUUCAGAAAGAGGUGCAGGGGGAGGAGGUGGUGGGGAAGGGGCAAGGGGGAAUGGUGGACAUGGUCACGUAUAACAGUCUGACGGUAGAUCCCGUACUCGGCUUCCCGUCGGACGAACUGGAAGUCAUCGCUUGGCACGACGAUAUACGGAAAUCAGAGGACGGGACGGUCGUACCGGUAAAGACUAUUCAGGGGUUGGCUCAUCGGAGGAAACCGCAGUAUGGGGUUCAGUUUCAUCCGGAGUCGAUAGCUUCUUCAUCAGGAUCUCUCCUCCUCCUCUCGUUCUUACAAAAAACCCACGAAUACCAUACGAGCAAGACCACUCCGACCUCGAACACGGCGUUGAGGACGGGUUACCCGCCUUUGACGAGAAGGACGUUGAGGAUGAGCUCGACGUACAGACAGGUAGAAGAGAGCAGAGCUGCGUCGAGGGUCGGGUCGAGGGCUGGGUCACCGGGUCCUGGGCAAGGUCAGAAUCAGGGUGGGAGGAUUGGCGGGAGGUUGAGGUUGGUCGAGGAGAGGAUCGAGGUGCCGAAGAGGACAGCAGGAGGAAUGGGGGACGUCAACGAGCAGAUUUUCAGGGAAUUGACGAGGCGCGGGAAUGGGAGGGCGGAGAAGUUGGGAACUGUCUGGUUGGACGGGGUGUCGAAUCGUGCGGCAACGACAUCGUCCAUGUCGAUCCCUUCCUUCGUCUUGUCAUACUCGCUUCGGACCCGUACCGUCACAUGCCACUUCCUUAACCCGGAGACCAGUCAAGUCGCAGCACGACGCCUACGGCUGAGCUCGAGGCCUGCGGUGGACACCUUUUGGAAGUGGUUUUCCCGUGGCUCGGUCGAGCUGCGACGGCGGCUACAAGAUCGAACUACGGGAGAUCGGGGACAGUCUCUGGACAUGUUCGCUCGUGCGGCUUCGAGACAUGAAUCAGGUGACCGGCCGACGGAUACUCGCUGGAAAGGCGGUUGGGUCGGUUGGUGGGGUUACGAGAUGAAGGAGGAGAGUCUCGGUGGUUACGAGGUCCGUAGAGCCGGAAGCGGAGGCGAAAACGAGGACGGUCAGGAUGCCUGUUGGGGUUGGUGUGACCGGCUAUUACGGAGAUCAAAGGACGGAUCGUGGGAUAUCUGUGGGGUCGUCGAUCCAGGUGGACAAGAGACCACUUCGCCAGCAACUGUGCAGACUACCGAGGAAGCCGAAGAUGACGGUAUGGAGAUGCUGGAAUGGCUCGAAAGCCUAGGUCUUCGAUUCGGCGCGAGCCCUCGAGAAUGGGAGCAAUGGUUACAGACCGCCAAGGACGUCGUUGGGCUGGCUGUAAGCCAAAGGCCUGAUACUCGGGUGAAGGACCGGAAUGACGUCCUGCCUACUUUCAAACCUCUGAUCUCGGCUGAGGAUUACAAGACGGGAAUCGAAAAGUGCAGAAAAGCCAUCUACGACGGCAACUCGUACGAACUCACCUUGACGACAACAUUCGUCGCUUCCUCCUCAUCAAGCUCGACUCGUGUGGAUCCUCUGGACAUGUACGCACAUCUUCGACAGCGGAAUCCGGCGCCGUAUUCUACGUUUGUUCAUUUCCCUACGGCAGGGACGACAAUACUGUCUUCCUCGCCCGAACGGUUCGUCCGGAUAGACGCGGACGGUCGGGUCGAGAUGAAACCGAUCAAGGGAACCCGGGGGCGUGUCAAGUGCGUAUGCGGCAAGCAAGGGGCUGAGUGCCUUGGCGAAGGCGGACCGGAUUGUACAGCGAGGUGUGCUAAGCUGGACGACGAGGUGGCCCGGGAAUUGUGCUCAAACGCCAAGGAGCGGGCCGAGAACUUGAUGAUCGUCGACCUUAUCCGAUCGGACCUCCAAUCAUGCUGCUCCCCAUCCUCGGUGCAGGUGCCCAAAUUGAUCGCCCUGGAGACAUACGAGAGCGUGCAUCAGCUCGUCACGACGGUCGUCGGUCGGUUGGAACAAGGGAUCAGCGAGAUCGAAGCCGUCGAGAGGUGUUUCCCGCCAGGCUCGAUGACGGGAGCGCCUAAACUUCGGUCGGUACAGAUACUGGACGACCUCGAAGCACCGUACCAGAGGCGGGAUGUUUAUUCCGGAGCCCUCGGGUAUAUGGGGAUCGACGGUCAGGUCGACCUGAGCGUGGUCAUCCGGACGAUCGUCGCAGAGUAUGAGCCUGUCACGACCGACACGGAUAGACAGGGUAUGCAAGAAAGGGAAGUGAGGUAUAGUUUGGGAGCUGGAGGGGCGAUCACUUGGUUGAGUGAUCCUCAAGAGGAGUGGGAUGAGGUGUUGACAAAGGUCGGGAGUGUUAUUGGGUCACGAUGA